UAUAAAUUAUAACCGUUCUGGGCGUUCUGUAAAUUCGGUAGCUGUUGUACUGGCUCACUACAAGUAGACAACUUGUCGUUAAAUGUUCGCGUACCGCAGUUUAAACGAUUUGAGGACGAAGCUGUGAAGGUUAUUAAGUCAGACUUUAGUAUUGAUAUUAAACUAAUGGCACUGUAUAUAUAAAUAUCCUGUUAGCCGACACUACGGAUCACAUUGUUAUCUCACUUUACUUAUCGAUUUCGUUGAAUUUCUUUUCACUUUUGUGUAAACGCAUAGGUUCAACAAACGUACGCAUAUCAUGCUUAAUAUGUAUAAUAUGAUAAAUACCAGUUUCUUUAUCGCCCAGCGGCUUCCGUGUGAUUGAAAACCAUUGUUUCUUUUAAAUAAUUACUCGUCAGUUGUCAGUGUUGGCUGUACCUAUAAUUGUUGAAUGUCGAUUUUUCACUGCCCUUCAAGUUUCAUUACUGUUAUUUGAUUAAAUUUUUAAUACCAUUGCCGUCAUGAGACUUUGUGAUUUUCUGAGGGUUCCAGCUUUAUUUAUUAUGGACCAAAUAUUUAAAAUUAGUUUUGGGUUUGAAGAUAUUGAUGUUACAAUAAGUAAAUCGAAUAAUACCUUUGAGAAUGACGGUUUCAUACAAUGUUUCAUGCUUGUAUUUCCAUUUAUCAUGAAAAUAAUAGUGUCUUGUUUAAUAUUUUGUUCAUCGUUUUGUUUAUUUGUUCUACCUACCCGGUACUUGUACCUAGUGUACUUACAUUCAGUUUCUGUCUGUGUUGUACUUUUUUCUUAUUGGGCAAAUACACUAAUACUUAAUGUGUUAUUGAAGAAGUAUGAAGACUUUAAAACAAUUAUGAUAUUUGGAGUUGUUGCAUGGGAUGCAGAUAUAAUUGUACAUUAUUUUAAACAUUUACAAAUAAUAAAUGUCAUGUACCUGUUAUGUUUUAAUGUAACACUACAGUUUUUUCUACUACAAGUAUUUAACUUUUCACAAGUCUAUACUACAAAUCAUUCAAAUCAUAAAAUUUUUAAUUUAGGUUUUAUUAUGCCUACUAUAAUAACAUUAAUACCUGGUACGCAUAGCAUUUUGAAUGCAGUAACUGUGUUAUCAACAUUAUUGCCAUUGUUUAUCUUGCUAAAAACAUUAUGGCUGAAUAUAUUUACAAUAAUAGAUUUAAUUUGCCAUGGAUAUAAUCAUAUCUGUCUGACUAUUAAUAAUCAUGAAAUACAUGACCUUAUUGCAAUUGAAUGGUCUCGCCUCAAAAUCACAAGAGUUCUACGAAUAUUUUGGACUAUACGAGUAUUGGAACAAAUGGCAUACUUGUUAACUUAUAAGGAAAUAAAAAAUGAAACUUUCUUAGGAGUUGUAAAGUAUUUAUUAAUUAAUGGUUGUGAUACAUUUACUGCAGUUUUAGGAAUGACAAGUUUUGUAUCAUACUUUGGUCAUAAUGUAGAAUCAUUCUUUCGAUGGCUAUUAUCUACUGAAGAUGUGGAACAGAUAAACAUUGAGUACGUGUCUGCAGCAUUGUUUUAUGUACUAGCUUUACAAACUGGACUAACAGUGAUAGAGCCAGAAGAGCGUUUUAUACGACUUUAUCGAAAUUUUUGUUUAGUUUGUGGUAUCAUAUUGAUUUACAUCCAUAUUUUGGUUGAUUCAUUAUUAAUAACUUUGAGCAUUACUCAAAAUUCUUCACUCAACAAGCAUUUAAAACCUCUUUUAAUUUGCGGAUUUCUUUUGAUACUUUCAAUUAAAAUAUUGAUAUACUUGUGGUCUUACCAUUUAGUUUGCAAUUGGCUACUAGCAUUUUCUUCCUUAAACAUUCAAGUUAUUAUAAAAGUAUUAGUAACAUUAGCUAUCUAUUCAUUAAAUAUAAUUAAUGACCACCACAUGAUAUUUGAGGAUAAAUUGGACGAUUAUGUGUUCUAUAUCAAGUCAUUUGGCUGUGUGGUGAAUUUCUGUUUUGGCGUCUGUAUUUUUCUAAAUGGUGUUUAUAAUACGGCUUUCAUAUCUGGUAGUUUAGCCCAUGCACCCAUGGUGUGUUUGGAUGCAUAUUUAAUUGUAUGGUGUGGCAUUAGAGAUGGAUGGAGAAUAUUCAUUAGACGUCGUACAGCUAUGCUCAAAAUUGAAUCGUUAGCAGAUGCAACUAAUGUACAAUUGUCAGAAAUGAACGAUAAUUGUCCAAUAUGUUUUCAAAGAAUGGUUUCAGCAAAAAUUACUAAUUGCAAUCAUUGUUACCAUGGUACAUGUCUGCGUAAAUGGCUCUAUUUACAGGAUUACUGCCCAAUGUGUCAUGCUAUUGUAUCCUAGGCAUAAUUGUUAAAAAAUGGACAGUCACAGAAUAAAAACCAAUUUAAACUUUUAAUGGUCUUCAAAAUGUUAUGAAGUUGAUAAUUCUUAGAUAUUUUUAUUGAUUAGAUUUUAUUAUUAAGUUUAACUUAGUAUGCUUAUUAACUUGACAAUUGUAAUUCAAAUAAUUGAUAAAACAAUUUAAUUUUGUACUUAAUAUAUAUGUACUGUAUUGGGUAUGUUGCUAAUUUUUUUUUUUUUGUAACUUAAGAAUAGAGAAUUUAAUAAAUUUUCAGAGUUAAAAAUUUAAAAUAAGACUAAAUUUAAGUGUUUUAAGAUAAUUAAGCAGUAUACAAUUUCUUAAGCCGGGUUCACUAGAGGACAGACAUUGUUGCUGAAUAUGUUUGUUGAUAAUGUUUCCCCUAGUCUGUAUGUGUUUUUCAUGUGUGCAUGUACAAUAUUCAAAUAUUCGCUCAACAUGCGAUAUUCAAACAAAUAUCAAAGAAAAUGUUAGGCAACAUUGUUUUUUUGUGUAGAUGUGAUCGAUCAAUUUAUAAGGCAGAAAUGCUUUAUGUAAGUUGUAUGAACACUGCUGACGAACAUUUCAAAGCACAGUAGCAUCAGUUUGUUGAGUCAGGAAACAUAUUUCAUAUAUUAUUAUAUAUUAUUAUAUUACAUUUAUUUUUUUACAUAUAUUCAUAUAUUUUUGAUAACAAUGUUCGUCCUAGUGUGGACCUUUCUCUAAGCAUAAUAUGUCAUAUUGAUGUUAUGUUUGUUGAGUGCUGAUAUACCUACUUAAAGUAUUUGUUAUUUAUCAGUUUUUUAUGUAAAAUGUUUUUUUUCUUAGAUAAAUUAUUUUAAUUCAUUGCUCAUAUAUUUGUAUAGUUAUAUUUAUUAAAAACUAAUAUAUUUUAGAAAACACAUUUAUAAUUAAAAAUAAACCAUAAAACAUAUUUUUAGUAACCUACUUAAGAGAACACCACGCCCGCAUAUGUUGUCUGUCUAAUACACUAUUAACAUAGUUAAAAACUGUUUUGCGUGGUAUGUCUCCCUCAAUAUUUAUAUAAAAAUUACCAAAAUUAUAAAUCACAUUGGGAAGAAUUUUACUUGUGUCAUAGCAUUUUAAUUUUUUUGAUAACAUGAAUAAAAUUAAAGUUAUCGGUGAAAACAUUAGGUUUUAUCAUUUAGUUAAUAAAAAUUAUUGGUUACACUGUCAAAAAACUUAAAACGCUACUACACAGAUAGAAUUCAUUUCAGUGUGAUUUAUGGUUUUGGUAAUUUUGAUAUAAAUACCAAGGGAGUAAAGUCAUCCUACGCGUGUAUAAGACAGAAACAACACAUGCGAGUGUGGCGUCCUCUUAAUUACAUUUAUUUUUUUGAUUUAAGGUUUUUAAAUUUCAGUUAAAAAUAAUUUAUUUAAAAUUUAUCACAAUGUAAUAACUAAAUUAUAAGACAUGUAUAAUCAUGAUUAAAUAUCUAACUAUAUGCCUAACCAUAAUAAAACAUUAAAAUCCAGUAUUAAUAA